AUGGCUCAACAAAGCGCCGCUCCACGCAAUCUAAGCUUGACAGAAGAGCUCGAGAAGCUAGAGCAGUCUAUAACUCUAACUUUGCAAGAGAUUGACCAUAACUUCAGCAAAGCUCAUCGGAUCGUCACAACGGGCAUUUUGCCGGUGGUAGAGCGAUAUGGAGAGCAUUCGCGAGCUGUCUGGGAAGCCUCCAAGUUUUGGAAACAAUUCUUCGAAUCCUCAGCGAAUGUAUCGCUAUCCGGCUAUGAAGACCAGGCUCACGACAACGAACACGACGUCAGUGCCGCAGAGAGCAGCGCCAUGAGAGAAGACUUCACGAUCGAUGUGACUGCCGACCAAGACGAGGAGGCAGCGAAAGCGAAUGCGUCAGAGCACCACUCAGCACUACAUGGCGACGAAACGAUGCUGGACGACGCUGAGCUAGCAGGGAGCACGCCACGACCUCCGUCGACAAAACCUAUCAAAGCCGAAAACCAGGCCGAAGCAUCUCAGCUUGAGUCCUCUUACGAAGCCAUGAGGCGCGAAAUGCAACAAGAGGAAGAUGUCGAAAUGGCCGAAAAGGAACAGGAAUCUGAAGCAGAGGAAGAUUCAUCCAUCGUGUUUGCCCAACAUACAGCGCGAUUGCCAGAUAUUUCAGGGACGCCAAAGGAGACGCCAAAGGGGCUACCUAACCUGUUCAACAAGGAUGGGUCAGUCCAACGACACGGCCAAAAGGAUCCCCUGCUUCAUCGCGUCCUUGACAAAUCAUACCGCCUACAGGCCACGCCUCACAAGCCGGCCGUUCGCAUCUCGCCAUUGAAAGGCAAGCAACCAGAGCUACAGCCGCAGAGGAGCGCAUGGCAAGACUCCUCCAUGUCGUCUCCCGAAAUUGCCAUCCCAAAGCUAAGAAGCGAGGCUUUCAUGUCCCCGUAUAAAACCAACGCACGGCAGCGUUUGGUGGCGGCAACUCAGGGCCCGAGAACGCCCGGCGUCAGCGUGCAGACGCCAGCCACUGCGAAGAAGACGCGGGAUGUGUUUGCGACAGAGGGUAGCACCGCCGCCGGUUCUAAGAGAAAGGCAGACGAGAUUAAUUGGGAGAGCGAUGACGAUGAUAAUCUCGGAAUGAGUCCGCCCAAGACAAUUCAGUUUGCGCUGCCGCCCUCGAAAUUGCUUCAGACGCCAGCACGAGAAGCUAGCAAGAGGAUUGUUGACGAUAUCCUACUCGAUGCUGGGGCGGGAGCAGACUCCUCCGAAUAUAGUCCAUCUAUGGUCAAGAUGAAUGAAGACAUUCUCAACGAUAGCUUCUAA